AUGAAUGGCAAAAUUGAAGCGAUGAAGUUUCUGUAUGAGAUGGACGGGUCCAUCCUGCAGCAAACAGGCCAGGUACCAACCUAAGCACCUUCUGUGCUGCUGGUCAUGGUGAGAAGAUGUGUGUUGGCUGUGAUGGAAUGCAAUAGGAUGGCUACACCGCUUUGCACUGGGCUGCCCACGAGGGCCAUGUUGCGGCGGUCAAUAAGCUGAUGGAGUGGGAUCCCAAACUGGUCGAUGCACGCACCACCAAUGUAACAGAGCACACACAUGUCUCUGACGCCUCAGUGUGUGUUUGUGUGUUGAUUGCAGGGUGGCAUGACGCCAUUCAUAGUGGCUGCUGGGCAGGGUCGUGUCGAUGUGAUGGAGUUUCUGUAUGCCAAACGAAAGGACCUGCUCACACAGACAACCAAUGUGAGGCACGCAUGGAGAUACACAGAAUGCCUCUCAUCUAAUUGAUUGCCUUUCUUUGCAUGCAUGACACACACAGAACGGCGACACGGCACUCCAUCAGGCUGCGUACAAAGGCAAAAUUGAAGUGAUGAAGUUCCUGUACGAGAUGGACGGGUCCAUCCUACAGCAAAAGGGCCAGGUACCAACCUGAGCAUCUUCUGUGCUGCUGCUGGUCAUGGUGAGAAGAUGUGUGUUGGCUGUGAUGGAAUGCAGGAUGGUUGGAAUGCAAUACAUGCGGCUGCCCAAGAGGGCCAUCUUGCGGUCGUCAAUAAGCUGCUGGAGUGGGAUCCCAAACUGAUCGAUUCACGCGUUGCCAAAGUAACAGAGCACACACAUGUCUCUGACGCCUCAAUGUGUCGAUUCUCUGUGUGUGUGUGUGUCGAUUGCAGUAUGGCUGGACGCCACUCAUGAAGGGUGCCAUGAAGGGUCAUGUGGAUGUGAUGGAGGCCCUGUAUGAGAAACGAAAGGACCUGCUCACACAGACCGACAACGUGAGACAACACAGUCUUCUCUCAUCUGAUUGAUUGCCUUCUGUGCAUGACACACACAGAAAGGAGACACGCCACUCCAUUUGGCUGCGUACUGGGGCAGCUCUGCAGCUGUGUCUCAGCUGUGAGACACAAAUGACUGACUGAUGCGAAUGUCUCAUCCACACUCUCUCUCUCUCUCUCUGUGUGUGUGUGUCAUUCUCAAAGGCUCGAGUGGGGCGGCGGUGCUCUGCUGGACAUCAAAAACAACUCGGUGAGUGCCCACAGAGAUUAACACCAUCGAUGGGCUGAGUGGUCUGCUUAUUUCAUCUCAUCUCAUGACAACAGAAGGAGACGCCCUGGGACAAGGCAGAGGGCAAGCCGGAGAUCAGAGAGAUCAUGCGGCCGUACAAGCCUGCUUGUGGGCCUUGCUGCGUGAUCAUGUGA